AUGGGUGAUGAAAAGUACAAGCACUCCUUGCUUUCAUACUGUGCUACACAGGGCGUGGCUGCGCUCUGCCUUAUCUCGGUUGCAUACGCAUCUAUGCUUAGGCUCGCUCCCAUUAUGCGCUACGGGGUGCUGAUCAAUGAGUUUGACCCUUGGUUUAAUUUUAGGUGCUCUGAGUAUAUCUGGAACCACGGGAUACUGCAGUACUUUACGUGGGUGGAUAGUAAGACCUGGGUACCUGAUGGAAGGGAGAUAUAUAAAACUGCAUAUCCCAUGCUAUUCGUUGUGUCAAAUAUGAUCCACUGUGUAUUGAACACUUUUGUCCGGGUUGAUCAUUACACUGUCUGCUGUCUUACGCCGCCCAUCAUAUUUGUUGGAUGCCUAUUUCUUGUACGCCAGGUGGCUGCAGAAUUCUUCUCCUCUAGCUCUGAAAAGCAUUUAGGUGUGUGGAUUUCCAUUGCAAUCUUCAGUAUGUCAGGCAGUGUCUUUGAGAAAACUAUGGCUGGCGCAUAUGACUACGAGGGGCUAUCCCUUUUUAUGUCGCUCUUGAUACUGUACAUGUACAUUUUGCAGAUAAAGAACAAAAUAAAGUCUGUGUGGGGCAGAGGAAUCAUUGGUGUUUGCAUAGGAGUAGCACAGGGUAUUUUCAAUCUGUCCUGGGGCGGAAGCAUUUUUAUGGACUUGCUUCUAUAUGCGCAUUCUUUUGUGAGUUUUAGUAAUUGGAGAAUUCUAGCCUGCAGUGGGCUGGUUACAAUGGGAGUGGAUUGGGCGGCCCCCUUUUUAUGGGUUGCCAAGCCUGUUAACAUAGGAAAACUGCUGUCGUUUUGUCUUUUAGAAAGCGCAAAUGUGCUAUUACAUGUAUCUCGCAAAGCGCAGAUCAAGCAUUUUUAUGCUAUGGUAGGGUCAGCUAUUCUUGUGCUUCUUUUAGUGGGACUAGGAAUAUUUAAGACAACUAAGUCAGGCGCUCUGCUUCUGGAAAAAAUUAAACAGAAAGACAAAAUAUACAAUGUUUUAUAUAAAAAGCGAGCGCAUCCGUUGGUCUCUUCAAUAGUAGAGCACAGGCAUGCAACAAAAGAACAAAUAAUAGACAUGUGCGGGCCUUUAAUGGUGGUAGCGCCUAUUUUAAUGGUGUGGGGCACUGCACAGCUUGGCUAUAAAAAGAAGAACAGUCUUCUUCUGGUUAUGCUGGGGGGAUUUGCGUUGUCCACACUAAUGUUUCUGCACAUGGAGAGGUUUGCCUUUCUUGUAGCGCCCUUUUUGGCGAUCUUUUCUGCAGAUGCAUUUUGCAAGGUUAUGUUUGCACAGCCCAUACAUACAAAGUUCCGUGGUAUGGGGCUGCUUUUUGUUCAUAGGCAAGCCAAGAUCCUGGUAGGUGUGUUUAUGCUGUUCCAUGUCCUCUCCUGUUUUGGUACAAUGCACACUAAGUAUAAGCAGGUAAUUGUGGUCAUGGAUGGGCAUGUAAAUGGGGAGCCAGUAAUUGCAGACGACUUCAGAGAGAGCGCAAUGUACAUGAAGUAUAACUUGCGUCCAGACUCUGUUAUUCUAAGCUGGUGGGAUUAUGGAUACCAAAUAACAGGAAUGAGUGGGCUUUCAACAGUGAUAGACAAUAACACAAACAACUAUGCAAGAAUCUCAGAGGUAGCAAGCAUUCUAGUGUCUUCGGAAGAAAAAGUGUCAAGAGAGCAUGCAUUCCUAAAGAAAAUAGUUCCAGAUUUGGACACUGAUCUGUAUAUAUAUACGGUGUGUGGGUAUACUUCCCAAUACGCGCUUUCUGAUCUGAACAAGCUGCAGUGGAUAGCCAAAAUAGCAAAGGAGGCAGAUGGCUCGGUUGACCCUGCUGCAUACUACUUUAAGGCAAACGGGGCUGUGCACUACUCACUCCACGGUCUGUCUGAUGUAGACAUGGCGAAUGAGAAGAUCGAAGAUGCACCUCUGUACAUUUCUCCUGCAAUGAGAGAUUCUCUUCUUUUUAAGCUAUGCUUCUACCAGCAUACAAAUUCAGUUACUCUUCAUAACCUUAAGCUAGUGCACGAGUCAUCAAACGGGAUAGUCAGGCUCUACAAAAUAGCAGAAUAG